GGAGGCACUCGCGGCCGGGGGUGGCUGGAGAGGGGAAGGAGGCGCGGGCGCGGGCGCGCGCGCGGCGGUCGGUCGGCUGGCCGUGCAGGAAGCGCGGCGGCGGGACGGGGCAGCUCGCGCGCGAAGGGGCGCCCAUGGUGUGGCCUCAUGUCUAAGACGCUGCGGAGGAAGCGCCACUGGCUCAGCAAGGUGCAGGAGUGCGCUGUGUCCUGGGGGGGCGGCUCUGGCCCGGACCCCGACCUCCUGCGGGGCGGCGCCGAGCGCGGAGAGUUCCCCUACCUCGGGGCCCGCCUGCCGACGCUGGCCGAGUGCGGCGGCGGCGGCGGCGGUGGCGGGGCUGGCUCGGUCUUGCUCUCGGGGAAGCCCCCCGUUCCCGGGGACGUGCUGCUGGAGGUGAACGGCACCCCGGUGAGUGGCCUCACUCACCGCGACACGCUGGCCGUCAUCCGCCACUUCAGGGAGCCGGUGCGCCUCAAGACCGUGCGGCCAGGGAAAGUCAUCAACAAAGAUUUGCGUCACUACCUAAGCUUGCAGUUCCAGAAGGGUUCAAUUGACCAUAAACUACAACAGGUGAUCAGAGAUAAUCUCUACUUGAGAACUAUCCCAUGCACUACAAGACCGCCAAGAGAUGGGGAAGUCCCUGGGGUGGACUAUAAUUUUAUUCCUGUUGAACAAUUUAAGGCACUGGAAGAAAGUGGAGCCUUGCUAGAAAGUGGAACAUACGAUGGUAAUUUCUAUGGUACUCCUAAGCCUCCAGCUGAGCCCAGCCCAUUUCAGCCAGAUCCAGUGGAUCAAGUACUUUUUGAUAAUGAUUUUGACCCAGAAUCUCAAAGAAAAAGAACAACAUCAGUCAGCAAGAUGCAGAAAAUGGACAGUUCCCUCCCUGAAGAAGAAGAAGAAGAAGAAAAGGAAGCUAUUAAUGGUAAUGGUGGAACAGAAAACAAAGACAGACAUUCAGAUUCUUCUGAUUGGAUGAAGCCUGUUCCUAGUUACAAUCAGACAAGUAGUUCUAUGGAUUUCAGAAACUAUUUAUCAAGAGAAGAAAACCUAGAGCCUCUGCCCAAGAAUUGGGAAAUGGCCUACACGGACACAGGCAUGAUCUACUUCAUUGAUCACAACACCAAAACCACCACCUGGUUGGAUCCUCGUCUUUGCAAAAAAGCAAAAGCUCCUGAAGAUUGUGAAGAUGGAGAGCUUCCUUAUGGCUGGGAAAGAAUAGAAGACCCUCAGUAUGGAACAUACUAUGUUGAUCAUAUCAACCAGAAAACCCAGUUUGAAAAUCCAGUUUUGGAAGCCAAACGGAAAAAACGGCUAGGACAGACGGAUGGAGGCACUUCAAAUCCAGAGCCAGUAAAAUCUCUCUUCACUCGAGACCCCUCCCAGUUAAUAGGAGCACUCAUACGAACAUCACUGAAGAAAAGCACUAUGGGAUUUGGCUUCACAAUAAUUGGUGGAGACAGACCAGAUGAGUUUCUUCAGGUGAAAAAUGUACUGAAAGAUGGACCUGCUGCACAGGAUGGCAAAAUUGCACCAGGUGAUGUAAUAGUAGACAUAAAUGGUACGUGUGUCCUUGGCCAUACCCAUGCUGAUGUUGUCCAGAUGUUUCUGUUAGUACCUGUUAACCAGUAUGUGAAUAUGACUUUGUGUCGUGGAUACCCUCUUCCUGAUGAAAAUGAGGACCCUGUUGUAGAUAUUGUUACGGCCACUCCUGUCUUAAAUGGCCAGCCAGUAGCAAAAGGAGAUACUUGCAUGAUCAGUCAGGAGUUAAUACCUGGAACAAUGGUUUUGGACCAGAAUGGAAAACCAGGACAAAUCUUAGUCAACGGACGCUUGAAUGGCCCUUCCACUGAUCUAAGUGAACAAAGGGCUUCAGUGUCUUCUUCAGGAUGCUCUCAAGCAGAACUGGUCACAAUUCCUCUGAUCAAAGGACCUAAAGGGUUUGGAUUUGCAAUAGCUGACAGCCCUGCGGGGCAGAAGGUGAAGAUGAUUUUAGACAACCAGUGGUGUCAUGGCCUUCAAAAAGGGGAUAUAAUUAAAGAAAUCUUUCAUCAGAAUGUUCAGAACUUGACACAUCUUCAGGUGGUAGAAGUACUGAAGCAGUUUCCAGUUGGAGCAGAGGUGCCGCUGCUUAUCCUUAGGGGAGGACCUUCUUCACCUACUAAAACAUCAAAUACCGUGAGCAUUGAUAAUAAGGUAGAUAAGCGGGAAAAUUCAGGAAGUCAAGAAGCAAUCAAUGAGUCGGUCCCACAGCCUAUGCCCUUUCCACCUACUGCUGUGAGGUCAGCUUCGCCAAAGCUAGACCCUUCAGAAGUCUAUCUGAAGUCCAAAACAUUGUUUGAAGAUAAACCUCCAAACACAAAGGAUUUGGAUGUUUUCCUUCGAAAACAAGAGUCUGGCUUUGGCUUCCGGGUCCUUGGAGGAGAUGGUCCUGAUCAGACAAUCUACAUUGGAGCCAUCAUCCCACUGGGGGCAGCAGAAAAAGAUGGUAGACUCCGUGCUGCUGAUGAGCUUGUAUGCAUUGAUGGUAUCCCAGUCAAGGGGAAAUCACACAAGCAAGUUCUGGAUUUAAUGACCAGUGCUGCACGUAAUGGCCAAGUGCUGCUGACUGUUCGCAGAAAGAUCUUCUUUGGCGUAGACAAGCAAUCAGAAGAAGAGUCAUCAUCCCAAGCUCCCAUCUCCUCCCAGAAUGGUUCUCCUAGGCCAAACCGAGUAGAGCUACUCAGUAAACAGCUCCCAGAGGCCUAUGAAGUUGUGCUGCAACGGAAGGAGAAUGAAGGAUUUGGUUUUGUAAUCCUUACCUCAAAAAACAAGCCACCACCUGGAGUGAUUCCUCACAAGAUUGGCCGUGUCAUUGAAGGGAGUCCAGCUGAUCAUUGUGGAAAACUGAAGGUGGGAGACAGAAUCUCAGCAGUGAAUGGGCAGUCAAUCAUAGACCUUUCCCAUGAAAAUAUUGUGCAACUGAUCAAAGAUGCAGGGAGCACUGUUACACUCACUGUUGUCGCUGAGGAAGAGCACCGUGGUCCCCCAUCAGGAACAAACUCUGCCAGACAAAGUCCAGCUCUGCAGCACCGACCUAUGGCACCAACCAGCUCUAUGUCCACUGAGAGAGGUGCAGCAGAAGCUGAUGCUGGAAAAGAACAAUGCAGCGGUUACAAACAGUUCUUACCAUCAGAAGAUAUAGCAUCUAUUUUAGGGAGCAAACAUUCUCAGAGCCCUGGAUGUUAUCCGGUUGAACUGGAGAGAAGUCCUCGGGGCUUUGGAUUUAGCCUUCGUGGGGGGAAGGAGUAUAACAUGGGAUUGUUCAUUCUCCGGCUUGCUGAGGAAGGGCCUGCCAUUAAAGAUGGGAGAAUUCAUGUCGGUGAUCAGAUUGUUGAAAUCAAUGGAGAACCAACCCAAGGAAUCACCCACACUCGAGCAAUCGAAUUGAUUCAAUCUGGAGGAAAUAAAGUUCUGCUCCUUUUGCGACCAGGAACUGGCUUAAUACCAGAUCAUGGUGAACUGGAUAGUUUUAAUCCAAUGUCCUCAAGUAUAACAAAUGGUGAACAGACACCACUACCUUCAUCCUCACAUCCUGCUUCCACAUACGAAGCAUCUCAUUUGCCAGGAUCAGAAGAAGCUUUAAUGAAAGGUCAGAUGUCUGAGAAACUGGGAGAACUGAGGAACACUGUGCCUGAAAAGAAAAGCACUUUAAUGGAAAACCACUUGGAAGUAAAGAAUGCAACUUCUACGCAAAGAAAUGUGAACAAAGGGGACCAUUCCUCCAGUACAAAUAAUAAGGUGAUGCAUAGCACUGCACAGUUAGCAAUGGGCAAUGCAACCAGAAGAGGCAGAUCAGCUAGUCCCAAAAAGUUGAGCAAUAGUACUUUCAGAGGCCAUAAUCAAGCAGCAUGCAAGAGCCCUAAAAAGGGUAACCUUAAGAACACAAACAAGGAUUGCUUAGAUCAACCACAAAGUCCCAGAAGGCAGGGAAACAAGCACCUGGGAAGCUCUGAGCAUGUAGAUACUGGAAAAGUUCCUGCCAAGGAAAAGAGGGAUAGAUCUGCCAGUCCCCAGAAAUAUCCAAAGAAAGACAGAAGUAAAGAUAAUCUGACCACAGAUGAAGAGUUCAUAGAAAUUCAAAGCAGAACAUCUGCUGCUGAUAAAAACACUACUGUACUGCUAAAAGAUGAAACAGUGAAAUUAGGGCCCAUGAAAGAAAUCACAAAGCAAAACACAUCUAGGAAGGAUGAGAAAUGCCCUUCAGAGACAACACAUACCAACCCAGGGGAGCAAUCUCUUCCAUUUUCUAAGACUAAUCAACUUAGGAAGAAAGCAUUGGAAGACAAGAAAACAAAAAGCUCUAAUCAAAUCAAAAUGGCAGGUCUUCCUGAUAAUUCCCUACUUUCUGGAGAUAAACACACUAGACUCGAAAUAGAAGAGCCUGUUCCAAACAAAUCCACAGACAAUGACUUGGAGCCAGCUGAUAAAACCAAAGAGGAUGGAAUUUUUAAAUAUGAGAGCCAAUCUCCAGUGAAGAAAACAAUAACACCUGGACCUUGGAAGGUACCAAGUGCAAGUAGAGUCACAAAAGCAACGGGUUCGACUGACAAACGGGUUUGACUGACAAACUUUUUUUAGAACAUAUUUUAAUCAGGUUUCUAAUGUGGUCAUUGAAACAGUUUUUCUUUUCACAAAACUGUUGCUUUUUUCCAGACACUGUGAUUGACAGAUUGGAAAAGUACAUUUGAUUUGAUCGUAAUUAGGCUGCAUGAAGGACCUUUUGGACUGCAUAUGAGAAACUCUUUUCAGAAGCUGCUGUCCUUUUUUCCCCCCUUUGAAGGUGGUGUCCUGCUGCUCCUGAUGUUGCACUGCUAAGGCUUUCUGAUAGUGUUGUGUGUUAAUGAACAAAAAUGUUUAAUGCCUAUUAUUAGUAUAAUCAUGACUCAGUACUUGUUCUUGUGCCAAGUUAUCUACUGUAUCCUGUUGAAUCUUCUCCUGCAUUUUCCACUGCCACAGAAAAGGGUUUUGUUUAAAAACGAGUGUUUAUUCAGGCAUGCUGCAUGUUUACAUAGGGAAUACUUCUGAGUUUUCACUGCUCAAGCAAGAAGUUGGGUGGGCUUGGUUCUCUUGGCUCAGUGAAGUCAGGAAGCAAAGAUACCCCAAAGGCGUUUUUCACAAAACUCUUCUCCCUCUCCCCAAAUACGUCAAUAUCAGCAAAAUAACUAUAAACAGGACUGUAGAUUGUCUGAUAGAUGGUUGUUUUGCUCUUUAAGAAUUUUGUUUGAAUUACUGAUGCCAACCUUAACAUGCGAUACCAACUUAAAUUUGAAAAUUGAGCGCUUUUGAAAUCACCACAGAAUGUUCUAUCAAUUUCAGUGAGACUGCAUAGAAAUAAGUGAUUUUGGGAUUGCUAUGAAAUUAUGCCCUGAACUUUUUAAUUUUUUUUCAAUGAACACUUUAAUAUUAGAAAUUAAACACGCGGAGAGUGCAUAUGUUUUCAAGCUUUCUGUCAUGCUGUUUGUCAGAAUCUCCCAUCUGUUGUUUGGUUGCAUUUGUGUAUGUGUGUGUGGGUUUGGUUUUUUUCCCCCCUUAAUGCUGGCUAAACACUUGAAAAUUUCCUGCUUUGCCUAAAAAUUGAAGAUCUUAAAUCUUGGCAAGCAGAGUAAACUAGAAUCAAUCCACCAAAGUCAACUUCUUACAAAUUGUCCUUGCUUGUGCCUAUUAAUAGAAGCCUCUUAUAUUUUGCUUUCCAUGUUUGUAUGUAAAAUUGCUAAUUUUAAAUAGUACCCAUGAAACUUCUCUCUUGUUUCUGCAUGUGUGUAAAUAAAGAUAAUGGGAAAUGUUAACAGUGGAGCACAGUUUGCACCCCUGACAGGUAGGUAACUGGGGUGAGGAUGGAAAGAUGUCAGACUGUAAAAAAUGAAAUCCUUAGGGUUUUAAAGAAUUCUGUGUGGAUUUGCCUUCCAUUGAGUUGAGCUAAGGUAACUACUAUUCCUUGGUUUAAUUGAAAACAGAAAACAAAAAGAGAAUAUGUGGAUCCAUGUGUACCCUGAAUAAAAUCCUUUCAGAGAUUGUUUCUUAUAGAAAACUACAUUACGCUAAAUCAUGGUGUAGUUUAAAAGUUUAAUUUCCCAUAUAUUGUAUUAGUCCACUUUCUUCCAGGUUUCUAGCCUUGUUCCCAGGUAUCAUUUUUUUUUCUAGACUUUCUGUUCUUUGCUAUGGGUUGGAUCUAGGUUUACAUUAGAACAGCUGUGCUGGUGGAGGUGGACUUUGCCACCCCUUCCUUCCCAUCAGGGAGAUUCCAGCUACCUGAAAAUGAUACACAGAUAGCCAGUUCACACAGCACAAAAACCCAUGAUGGCAUAAUUUACCUCCUGGGCUCACAUCAUCCAACAAGCCAUGGCAACCUGGACACCUGCUGCUGCCAUGCAAAAGCGGAUUUCACAUCUGUCCAGCACAACAGCCCUUAAAGGCUAUGGUGGCCUUGUUGCAUUGAGAACCAGGUCAGAAAGUUAGGAACCUUUAAAGGGGUCAAUUGGAGCAUGAAGGGAGGGAGGUAUUCUCAGAAAUCCUGUGCUGGGGUCUUCCAGUAGCAGAAUCCUUCUACUCUUUAAAAGUCCUUUCCUCUUAUGGAAAGCAGGUCCCAGAUCCAGCUUGGCAGAUUUACUCGUGGGUUUUUUUUUUUUUUAACUUCCUUUUUCUUUCCUUCACCCUCUGGUUUCUUUCUUGAGCCCUUAUUUUUUGCCUGUGUGCAGACAACAAUUUCUCAAAUGCAGAUGUUAUAAUAGAACUUUGCCUGCAAUGUGUGCAUUCAUUUCUUACUAAAAUGUUUGAUUAAUGGGUUUUGCGAGUUGUGUUUUACUUCAAGGUUUGGGAUAAGUCAGAACUAAUUCCCAGUCGCAUAGCCAGCACUGUGACAAUAUAAGUGUGUGUACUGUGAGAAUAGAUUGUUAACUUUGACCUAAGAACUGUCACACUGCCAACACUCUUUCCCCCUUUUGGCAGUCGAGGGAACCUGGAGGAACUGACCAAAAACCUAGGCUGGCCUGAAGUUGACAACCCUCGCUUAUUUAAUAUGUAGCCUCAUAAAAAGAAAAAAACGUGUAAAGGCUUAUUGCAGAAUAAUAUCCCAACAUUUCAGAAAAUCACUGAAUCUGAUUAUGAACCUGCCUGUUCCCUUGAUACAUUAAGAACUCUUCCUUUAAUCAGUUUUACUCCAGACCAAAAGCAGCUUCCAAUCUGGCACUUAAGUUUUAUUGCUUUUUUCACUGUCAUGAGACAACUUGCAUGUGUAGCUGUGCAGUGAAUGUAACUGUGUCACUUGCCCAGAGACAACAAGGAAUUUCCAUUGCUUUUCUGAAAUGAUUGUCUGUACAAAUCUCACCUAUACUCAGAAUUCUAUUUCUCUCUUCAUUUUUCUUGCUUGCAUCAAACUUCCCAGAUUUAUUGUGGAAAGCAGCUAAAGAUGUCACUGGUUAGUAACAACUACAGGCAAGAUUUUGAAGGCUUAAGAGCCAUUACUUCCAACAGGUAUAAAAUGAAACCCAGAUUGGUCAUAUAGGGUUUUUUUCCCCCUGGUCCUGCUGGCAUGCAUACUUCAGAAUGCCAAAAGGGGCAAAUGGCCAGGACACUGGUAGUGCUGUGAAUUCUUCAAGUGUGCAGUGUUUGUGGGGGAAACUCCUGUAAUCCUUUCCUGCAUAAUUUUGGGACUGAACUCAGGAAUUCUCUUUGAAGAUGUAUACCUACUAUUGUCGUGGUACCUUGGUGCUCUUUGGUGCUGAUUUUGUCCUGAAGUUACUGUUCUUCCUGGGUUGAGCCUGCUAAUCUAAUUUAAUCACAACGAAGUGACACCAGUGACAACUGGCUUUCUAGCAUGCUAGCUACCUGCUGAUAACGUAACUCCCCGCACACAGGUCGCCCAGAAAGGUUUGUUGCCGAUUCACUCUUUCUUCCCCACCUUUUCCCAGACUGACCAUCACGAGGGCAAUGAUAGCUGAUAGCACACUGAGAAACAAAUGUAGGAGGAGUUGCAGAACUGUGCCUCCUGGACUACAGAUGUUACAGAAAAGUGGGAAUUUGAAGAGUGCAAUGUUACCUGUUAGUUCUACAAACAGGUAUUCUUCAUGGGCAGCCAGUAUCAUAUACAAGGAUGCCCAAUGAAAAUCAUGUUGGAACAUCAGUCUUUUAUUUAAAAAAAACUUGUGCAAGAUUUAUGACUCUAAAUCUGAAGUCCCUCACAAAUUUGCAUGGGUUUGUGCAUAUGCAGCAGAGGUUUUGUUGUUGUUUUCCAACCUUACAGCAUCAUUUUUUUUUUGCUUUGUUCACCCAAGUUUUGAAAACUUAUAACAUAGCUCAGAGGAAGUGCUGUUCAGAAGAGGAAGUUCAAAAAAAACACUUCCAUAUUCCUUUGACUUGGGUUUGCUGAAGAAGAAUUUAGAGUGAAGCUUCUGAAACAAACAGAUCAUUUCUCAGCAAAUGGAAUCAAGUGUUUGUUUUCUUUACCAUCUCUGAUUAAAUGCUGUCAUCUGAAAAUAGAGUUUGAAGUAUAUUGUUUGCACUCCCUCAUAUUAAAAACCCAACUUGCUGUAGGAAAUAUGUGCAAAUAUUGUAGAAUGUUACUGUGAAAAUAUUUAAUAUUUGAGUUAGCCUAUGUAGAUUAAUGCCCUUGACAAAUGCCAUAAAGCAUCCUUUCAGUUUUCUGCACUCUUAUCACAGAAUAGUGUUGAAUGAUAACUACAGAAAAUAUCAAGAUGACUUAGUAAAAUUGAAAUAGUUUAUUUUUCUGCUCUUCAACAAAUAACCAUUGUCCAGAUGCUGUUCAACCAUUUAAUGGUGUGACCUAAUUUGUUGUCCUUUGUUUGAUGUGAACCUUCCUGUCCAGAGACUUUGUACCUGUACUUAACUGCAUAAAAUGACUUAGCAAUGUGGCCUUGGAAUGUUGAGAAAACUAUGGUUGUACUGGAUGUAAAUGUUUAUAUAUUGUACAGCACACCUUUAUAUAUACUUCUGAGGUUCUGACUAGAAAGACAUGUAAAUCGCUCAUUAUUUUUUAUAUAGAAACAUUAAAAAGAUACUUUAGAUCAUA